AUGCUCGAACCGCUGCCAGAUGGCCGCGUGUUGGCGCACUUCUCGUUCGAAAGCCGGCUGCGGGCACCGCGAGGAGCGGGAGGAACGGGAGAGUUAGAAGAAGGUGGAAAGUCCGCGGACACGGUUCUGUUCCCCCCGGCCAUCCUGCACCUUGUGCAAUCGCUGAGCGUGCGCCAUUUCUCGCUCUCGCUCACACACGGCAACUGGGACGUGCAGCAAUGGGGCACCCCCUCCUCCUCCUCCUCCUCCUCCUCCUCCUCCUCCUCCUCCUCCUCCUCCUCCUCCUCCUCCUCCUCCUCCUCCUCCUCCUCCUCCUCCUCCUCCUCCUCCUCCUCUCUCCCCCCUCCCCCGACUCUCUCACACCAAGAGUACGACGUCAGGCCGCCAGGGGCACAGCUGGUCGCGUGGAUGGGCGGAGAAGGCGGGAAAGAGCUGGACGCCACGUGGCACAACCUCACUGACGCCCUCGCAGGGAUGUUCUGCGCCUCCCUCAACUUCCUGCAAUCCCCCUCCGCCGUCCCGCCGGGCCUGCACGUGAGGUACGGCAGCAUGGCUCGGGAGCCGGUGUGCACGGAGAACCUGACCCCGUGGCUGAAGCUGCUGCCGUGCCGCGACGCUGCAGGCCUCUCGUCUCUCCUGGACCGCGGGGCCGUGUUUGGCGGACGCUACCACUCCAUGCACACUGCUGUGUGGACCCACGUGUGUGAUGAGGGUAGUGUGUGCGAGGAGGGGAGUGUGGGUGACAGGGGGAAUGUGGGUACUGGUGCUGAUACAUGCAGCACAAAAUCUCAAGGGGAGGGUGUGCGUGAGUCCUGCUCGUCCUCCUGCAUCUCCCCUGCCAUGCAUGCAUGUGCCGGUGAGACGUGGGCUGUGGUGCUGCACCAGUCGCUCACACUCGUGCUCGAUGCCUCCACUGAGAACGCCCUUGCCACCGCUGCCGCCGCAUCUGCCAACAAACCCGUCCCUUCCGCUGCUAACCUAGGAGCUGCAGCAGCAUCACAAGGGGGGCUUGAUCUGAGCGAUGUGCUUCCGCUGCCGCCUGAUUGGAGUGUGGGUGCACUGUUUGGGCGGCAGCUGACGUCAGUGUGUCCCCUUGCCACGUCAACAGACGUGGCAAUCAGAGUGCCGUCCGGUCUCCUCUGCCCCGCGGCUCAACUCACUGCUGCAUCAUCAGGAGGUGCUGCCACUGCCACUUCUUCUGCUGCUGCUGCUGUUACUGCUGCUGCUGCGGUGGUGGUGGCCUGUGACGUGGCAGCGGUCAGCUCGGCAGGCAUUCACUGGAAGCGGCGUGUGGCGUGGCAGCGGCGGCCGGCGUUGUUUGUCCUUUCCCGGUUCACCACAGGCACAGGAGAUGCUCUGGGGGGGCUGACCUUCCUGAUACAGAGAGCAGGGGGUGCUUCAAGAGAAUGUGAUACUAAAAAUAAUAAUGAUUCUUCUUCCAACACAGAGAGUCAGAGCGGGGAGUGUAGAAGCGACACAGUGAGUGUGUUUCAGGCGGUGCCGUGGUGGCUCAAGCUUUACCUGCACACGCUCACUCUCUCCUUCGACCACCGCCCUGUCAGCUUGAGGGACAGCAGCGCGGUUGUAGCGGCGCGGCUACAGCCAACGAGGGAGAGAGGCCCGCCCGCCGUGCUGGAACUGCUCUUGCGGGUGCCCCGAGGAGUCUCUCGCGUUACAAUCACACUGCAGUACAGAAAGCUGCGGGGAUUUAGCGUGUCAUGUCUCUCCUGUGUUUUAGUCACACUGACGAGGGAGAGGGGCCCGCCCGCUGUGCUGGAGCUGCUCUUGCGGGUGCCCAGAGGAGUCUCUCGCAUUACAAUCACACUGCAGUACCGAAAGGCCUUUCUGACUGUCUUUGAAACGCCGCCUGAUGCCAGCAGAGGAGUCGACCUUCCCGCUGCCCUCCUCACUGUGCCCUCGAACUCCCAGGGUCAGAGCCACAUGUAUGCGCCACCGGUGGUGGUGCCUGUACCGCUGCCGGAUCUGAGCAUGCCAUACAACGUCAUCACUCUCACCUGCACUCUGCUCGCCAUCGUGCUCGGGUCACUAUUCAAUACGCUGCGCUAUCGCCCCUCCGGUGCUGGUACAUCAAAUGGAGCUGAAGAUAAUGGCACACCAAGCACCGAUAAGGCUCCUCUUGGAAAAUUCUUAGUGGCUCGUCUGAAAGAUAAUCGGAAGAAAAUUGCGCUUGUGGCAUGGGCGCAGAUCUACGGGCUAGACAACUCCUCGUCGCUGCUUCCCCCGCCCUCUCCGCUCCCCUUUCCGCCCGCCGUUCCGCCCGCGCCCCACCUGGAGGACUGCUCCGCGCGCACUGCCUGGCGCCGCGCCUCAGAGACGCGUGGACCAGGGGGGAAGCCGCCCUUAUGGGCGCGCGGACGGGGGGAAGGGGGAGGAAGCGGGGAACCGGCGCAUUUGGGCGCGGAAGAGGGGGUGGAAAGGGGAGGGGAGGGGUGUGGGGAGGGGCCGCUCCCGCCUUGGGUGAGGGGUGCUGACGUGGACAACCUGCCACUGACACGUGUCGCGCAGAGAGACAUCUGGGAGAGCCAGCGAAUAGGAGCGUCGUGUGAGGGGCGGCGCCUGCUGCUGGCUCGCUGGUGGCCGGCCGAACGCCACGGCUUGGGGUCUCAGGUGCAUCUGGCGGGGGCGUAUCUGAGCAUAGCCAUGACCCACAACCGCACCUUCGUGCCCUGGCCUGGACAGUUCGACCGCGCCCUCCUCCCCGCCUGCCAAGACCUAGGGCAGCGGGGGUCAUGGGAGUGUUUUUUCUUCCCCAUCGUCUCUUCUGAUUGCACGCAGAGGGCACAGCAAGCCCUGGCGACCCGCACCGUGCCGCCAUGCGUCGCUAGGGGCUUCAAGGCAGCAGCAGCAUCAGAUGCCCCCAUUGUGUGUGUGGAGCUGCAGCAGCUGGGAGAGUUAUUCAUGGUGGAGGGCAGUGAGGCAGCCAGACUGUGGGGUUCUGCUUAUCUGGCCACACCACCCACGGUGGAGCACUGGGGGCAGAUGCAAGGCAUGUCGGCGAAUGAGAGCAUGACCCACUGGUGGCGUGCGCAGGCCACGCGCUUCAUGCUGCGCUGGCCCUCCGCCCAUCUCUGCCACGCCAUCAACCAGCAGCGCCACGCCGCGUUCGGCAUGCUCGUGGCCAAUCAGCUCGCAGCGUUCGCCCCGACCCAGACCGCCUUCCUGCGUGGCCUCUCAGCCAGCAACGCCAUCACUGAGAGUCAGUACCAAGUGCUCUCCAGCCUGGACGAUUAUUCCUCCUCCCUCCCUCCCCCCACCUUCCCAAUCCCCUCCUCAGAAUCUUCUCCCCUCUCCUCCUCCUCCUCCUCCUCCUCCUCCUCCUCCUCCUCCUCCUCCUCCUCCUCCUCCUCCUCCUCCUCCUCCUCCUCCUCCUCCUCUGCGUCAGCCCCCUCACCAUCUGCCUUUCCACCAGCGUCACAACAGCUGCCCACACCAGAGACAGCACCGGAGGUACCAGCAGCAGCGGCAGCGGAGGUGCCACAGGGCGAGUCGUCACCCCCUCCCGUGCGCUCGCUGCACGCCUGCGUGUGGCCCCAGCGCGGCUUCCCCGCGCCCCCUUGCUCCGCUGCUAGCUGUGCCCCUGCUGCCGGCUGCAACACUGGCGAAAGCAGCAGCAGCAGAGAGGAAAUCAGGGAGGUGGGAGCGGAGGAAGCGUACAGGAUGGUGGGGGGGAAGGUGCACAGGCCAGGGGGCAUGGUGAGCGUGCAUGUGCGACAGACAGACAAGGGCAGGGAGAUGCGCCUCGCCUCCUUCCACUCCCACAUGUUCCUCCUGCACAGACUCAAGCAGUCCCGGCCUGACCUUCACUCCGUGUGGCUCAACACCGAAGCACAGUCGGUGGUCGAUGCCACGUCUCUCUACCCCGAUUGGACCUUCUUCUACUCCACCAACACCCGUCAAAGCGACAACUCAGCACCACAGCAGGAAGAACAAGGGGAAGAGGUCCUGCGGGCAUAUGAUAGUGAGCAAUCAGUGGCAGUCAGCUUCGCUAGCUUGCUGAUUGCUGCUCAGUGCGAUCUAUUUGUUGGGUCGUUAGGGUCGAAUUGGAGCCGUCUGAUUAACGAGCUCAGAUCCACCAACGGCAGACUGCUGGCUGGGUUUCUGGCCCUCAAUUUGGGCGAAUUUUGA